AUGGGGGAGGGGGGCGCCCUGUCUGGAUUUAUUUGGUUUCUGACAGAUGUAGACCUGCCUGCUGUCCAGGAUGACCUGGUGUCUGUCAGGAUGAUGGCUGCUCCCAUCAACCCAGCUGACAUCAACAUGAUACAAGGUGUUUACCCGAUCAAACCCCCCCUACCAGCAGUGGGGGGUAACGAGGGGGUAGGGGAGGUGGUUUCUGUCGGCUCUCAAGUGUCAGACUUACAGCCAGGAGACUGGGUCAUCCCAGCUGACUCUGGCUGGGGUACGUGGAGAACUCACGCGGUCUGUCCAGCCUCGGAACUGCGUAAAAUUCCCAACGACAUUCCGUUGGAGGCAGCAGCGACCCUAGCGGUCAACCCCUGUACUGCAUACAGGAUGCUGACAGACUUCCAACACUUACAACCUGGAGACACAAUAGUACAGAAUGGUGCUAACAGUGGAGUGGGCCAGGCUGUCAUUCAGAUAGCAGCUGCUAGGGGGCUAGUCACCAUCAACGUGGUGAGGAACAGGCCUGACAGGGCAUCAUACUUUGAACUUGAGAUGUACCUCAAAGGUUUGGGAGGACAUUACAUCAUCACCGAGGAGGGGCUGAGGAAACAGGACUUUAGGGACAUUUUCAAGAGACUACCAAGGCCAAAGCUGGCAUUAAACUGUGUUGGUGGGAAAAGUGCCACAGAAAUUCUCAGACAUCUAGAAACCGGAGGGACCAUGGUUACCUACGGUGGAAUGUCUCGUCAACCUGUCACUGUUCCUACUGGUUCUCUGAUUUUCCAGGAUAUUAAAGUUGUGGGGUACUGGAUGACUCAAUGGAACAAGAGACAAAGAGACUCCCAAGAGAGUGCUGCCAUGUUGUCUACUCUGUGUGACUACAUCAGACAAGGCAAGCUCCAGGCUCCAUCUAACGUACAAGUCCCCAUCUCUGACUACAUGGCUGCUAUCAGCAAUACUAGGGACGGAUUCACAACCAAGAAACGGAUACUUCAUAUGAGCAGUUGAUAGAUAAUGUACAAUAUUUAGGCCACACCAGUUUAAUUUGUUGG